AUGGCAGACCAUCUGAUGCUCUCCGAGGGCUACCGCCUGAUGCAGAGGCCGCCAGCCGCCGCGCCCGCGCAUGGCCCUCACGCGCUCCGGACUCUGCAGCCGUACGCGGGCCCCGGCCUGGACAGCGGGCUGCGGCCCCGGGGGGCUCCGCUCGGGCCGCCACCGCCCCUUCCGGGAGCGUUGGCGUACGGGGCCUUCGGGCCGCCACCAGCCUUCCAGCCCUUCCCGGCCGUGCCGCCCGGCGCCAGCAGUGCGCACCUGCAGCCAGUGGCAACGCUGUACCCAGGCCGCGCGCCCGCGGCCCCCGGCGCCCUGGGAGGCCCCCUGGGCCUGCAGCCAGUGCCUGGCGCCCCGGCCCCGCCGCCGCCCGCUCACGCCCUGGGCUGCAUGGACGCCGAACUCAUAGACGAGGAGGCGCUGACGUCGCUGGAGCUGGAGCUUGGGCUGCACCGCGUGCGCGAACUGCCAGAGCUCUUCCUGGGCCAGAGCGAAUUCGACUGCUUCUCGGACUUGGGGUCGGCGCCGCCCGCCGGCUCCGUGAGCUGCUGA